GAACGCACUCGGUGCCUCGUGGAAUGGGGCUUUCCUAUCGCUUUCCGUGGCAGCGCACUCGCGGGGGAGGGGGCAACUCCUUCGCCCCACCCAGAUUUUGGCUUCUCUGUUUCCCCUCUCCCAGUCUACAGGGCGGGACCAGGGCUGUGAGGCAGCGGUCGAUUGGCCGAAGCGGAGGGGGGCGCUGGUCCGUCGGGGGAGGGGGAUGGCUAUUCGACUGAAGCCUCGCCUGGACGGGCUCAGCGUCGCGGGAGUACUUGUCUCCCCCCCCGGGCGAAAGAGAGGCACCAGGCAGCCGGAGGGAGGUGCUACUGAAUUCAAUGGAGGACUUCACUCGCUUGGGUUACUGCAUUGUGGCUGGCAGCUUCGUAGCCUUCCAGUUUUCCUUCUCAGCCCUCAGCCCCCAGCUGUCCUUGUCCUUGAGCCCCAGCUACUCCAGCCUUCCUUCAGUCAAGCAGAAUGAAUGGAAUUCCAGAUGUGUGUCUACUCUUCACGCGGUAAUAGUCGGCCUCUUCUGCCUCUACAUCCUUUGGUAUGAUGCUGCUAUAAAUGCCAACCCCAUCUGGGGAGAUCCUUGGUUGGUGAAACUGAAUGUUGCUGUCACCUGUGGCUAUCUGCUCUAUGAUCUGUUGCUGCUAGUGCGCUACUGGAAGACAUUGGGGGAUUCUCUUUUCGUUUGCCACCACUUGGUGGCACUAUAUGCUUAUGGAUACGUAUUGAGUCGUGGGGUGCUUCCCUAUUUUGCCAACUUCCGUCUCCUUUCAGAACUCUCCACACCUUUUGUGAAUUUGCGGUGGUUCCUGGAUGCAACUGGCUGGUCACGUACUUCAAGGCUUGUUUUGGCCAAUGGCUUGGCCAUGAUGGUAGUGUUCUUUAUGGUGCGCAUUGCUGUCAUCCCCAGCUAUUAUAUGCAAGUAUACUCUUGGUAUGGAACUCCUGAAUAUGAACGUUUGGGCCUGGGUGUACAACUGGCCUGGAUUGGGCCAAGCAUUGCCUUGGAAGUGCUCAAUUUGAUCUGGAUGUACCGCAUUGUCCGUGGCUUCUACCGAGCCUUAUGCUGGUCUAAGACCUACAAGGCAGCAUGAAGAAAGAAAAAUAGUGGUACUUGACCUGGAAAACCCAAGUUCUGCUGGAAAAAAAUGAAUUUCCUCUUCUAAUCCCCUCAGAAGCCAGUAGCCCUAGAAAAUGUUCCUGACUAUGUCCUUGGGGAAAGAAUCCAGAUUCAUUAAAAAGGGAGCAUAUAGUUUUCCAUUCAGUCAAAGAAAGGUUCUGGCCAGAUUGACUAGAUUCAGCAAUUUGCCAUCUUCUAGAGACGGGGCUGUAGAAACAUUCCACAGGGCUGAAGAUAGGCAAUUUUAAAAUGGAGAUAUACCUAGGCUAAAGAUCCCUUUGGCACAGAUGGGAAUGCUUGAGAGAUACUGUUUGGGGGACUCUGCUGACAGUCCACAGAACUUUUGAAUGAGACGUUGUGUAGCUUUGUGUAGUUAAACAGGUGAUGUUUCUAAUACUUUCAGGAAUUUAACCUCUUUCAACUAUCAAUCUGUCUAUGAUGAUGAUGAUCAGGUACUGUUUCCUCCUAGGAAGAAAAGACUGGCUUCUGCUAGGGGCUUUUGGGCCAUGUUUAACAGUAAAGUGGAUGGAAAAUAGUGGAAGGGUGAGGGAAGAAAUGGUGCCCAGUUAUGAACAGUGGGAUUUCCCAGGACCCAGUGGCUGGAUUUCAGAACCUUGGCUAGAAGGACAGCAAUACUGUAAAUAGCACUCUUGUUUUACUUAAUCAAUUGAAACUUGGCAUUCCAUUGAAGAACUUGCUUAUACAAUAGCAGUUAAAUUUCUAAAGACCAGAAACAAUAAUUUUAAUAAGGCUAACUUCAAGGCACACCUGCCUUUGCUCAGCAGUUUGGAUAAAUCAAAACUGAAGUGUUACCUGGUGCCUCUAAAUGUGUCAGGAAUACACCUCCCCAAAUCCCCAUCUGCUAUGGCUAUCUUUCACUCUGAUGUCAUUAUUUCUUGUGGCUGCCAAUCUUGUAUAUGACAAUCACAUCUUCCCAACAACAGUUUACAGUGAAAGUUUCUUUAUUCCCAAAUGUAUGCCUCAGUGAAUGCAGCCGUGUUGAAAGGUAUAGCCACUACCACACUAGGCUGAACUUGUUUAAUUUUUCUUUGUUCUCAAGAGUCUAAAUCAAGGGUCUUCAAACUUGGCAAGUUUAAGACUUGUGGACUUCAACUCCCAGAAUUCCUACUCCAGUCAUGUUAGCUCAGGAAUUCUUAAAGCUGUCAAGUUUGAAGACCUCUGGUCUAAAUAAAUAGCUGGUGCAAGAUUCCCUUUCCCCCAAAGUCAUUGACAGAAGCUUCUUGUUUUCCCCUCUAUGCUUUUCUUCUUCUGUUAUAGUUGUUUUUCAUCCUGAUACAUGCAAACACAGCCACUAGUACACAGGCAGGAUAUUGAUGUUGAUUUUGUAUUAGAGUUGACAAAAGUAUACUGGUAAGAAAUGGCAAAUCUUAAUAAUAGAAUUUAUUUAAGAAUUUUGAAAUCUGUGAAUUCCAACAGAUGCCAGGGUCAGAGGACUAGUUGAAACGUAGCAUCAACACAAACCUAGAAGAAGAACCGCACUGUAGAAAAUUCCACAAACUUACUAAUGUCUCAUAUGCUAAUAUGGAAUAUCACACCACACGGAUGUACAAGGAAUAUGCCCAUAUGUUGCAUGGCUAGCUAUUGCUAAUUUUCAAGAAAGACUAAAUCUAAAGUUAGCCUUAAUAGCAAUGGCAUUUAAAGAAAAGGUAUAUGGUUCCAUUAGCUGUGACUGUGACUAAUGGGUUCCAUUUAAGCCUUCCUACCUUUUUCUUUAUUUAAAAUGCAUUAAUAAAAUAGGAGGUGGCCAUCUGUGAAAACCAGCUGUGCUGUGAUUGGUGGAUUGUUUUCCACCAGCUGUUAUUCAGAAAAGGGGUGGGCAGGAAGGCCAGAGGUUUAAUCAAUGACUUUGCUUAACAUUCUGCACCCCUUGAAUCAAAACACCAUCACAAUGGUGACAAUGCUAUAGAGCAGGGGUGCCAAACUCACACCAUCAUGGCAGCAUCACGUGACAUAUUGGGAUUUUUCCCCCCCUUCACUUAAAUCUGUGUGAGCAUGGCCAGUGCGUGAUGCAUCUGGCCCGUGGGCCGGGAGUUUGACAGCUCUGCUAUAGAAACAUCUAUAUGGAUCAACAGAAAACUUUAUGGUUACAUCAUUUUUGCCAGCUCAAGGAUGAGCGGAUAGUACUUUAACCAAAUAACAAGGAAAAGUCCUAGAUUCAGACACCAUGAGUUGCUUGCUUAACACAGUGGUUUUAAAGUAGUACAUGAGAAAUACUUUGACUUAAUAUAUAGCAUGAACAUAAUCAAUGAGAGACUUGAUUGGCUUGAGUAUGAAGCCAUUCCAGAGAGAGGCUUGAUUACAGAGCUCUAGAAGCAUUUAAUUCUGAUUGCAUAAUAGCAAUAGCACUUAAACUUACAUACCACUUCACAGUGCUUUACAGCCCUCUCCAAGCAGUUUACAGAGUCAGCAUAUUGCCCCCAACAAACUAGGCCCUCAUUUUACCCACCUCAGAAGGAUGGAAGGCUGAGUCAACCUUGAGCCUGGUGGGAGCAGAAGUGGCCUGCAGUACAGCACUCUAACCGCUAGUGCCAUAGAGGCUCUUUUAACAUUCCUAGAACAUAUUUGGCUUUAUUGAAUGUAGUUUUUCCUUGUGAUUUUAGAUUACUUCAUGCUCCUUGAGUACAGUAUGUUGAUUCUUUGUGAUGAAAGCCUUUGACUUCAUUCUUAAAGCUUCCUUACUUAGAUACCAGAUCAUUAUAACUUCUUAGCCCUGGGGUUAAAUCCAUUGUAUACCAAGUAUACAAAAUGCAAGCACUCUUAAGAUUGUUUCUUAAAUUUACAAUAUUUAAUAGUAUUUGGUGCCAGGGGAAUGAGCUGUGAUUUUUAAACAGAAGCCGAAGAGCUUUGUUCCUAGAUAUGUGCCUUAAAACAACAUUGCCAAACAGUCACCUUAUCAACCUCAAAUAGGCUGCCUUAUUUUGUUGCCUUCCAGUUGUAUUAGAUUGCAAUUCUCAGAGUUCCCAACAGUAUGAAAAACACCCACCUCCUUCUCUACCCCCACUGUUGUAAUUGUGGGAGCUGUAGUCUCAACAUGUUGGGAAGCUAUCAAGUAAGGAAGACCAUCCUAAAAACUUUAAAAAGCCCUCUCCUUUUUUAGAUCUCUACAGCUGGCAACAUUUAUUAUUCUAUUCAGAUGGGUUAUGCCUCAUAUA